AUGGGUGUUGCUGACUUAAUUAAGAAGUUCGAGAAAAUCGCCAAGAACGAUGGGGAUGAUUCUAUUACUCCAGCGAGGAGUCCAACUAGACCUCAUUUCGAAUUGAACAAAGAGGUAGACCACAAUGAUGAAAUUGAAGUACCUACUAAUGAUUCUGCUGCUGCUAAUGAAGAGGAAGAAACUGCAGCAGAUGGUCCUGGUUUUGAAGUUAAAUCUGAAGAAACAGUAGCUGAACAGGAUACCGCCACCGCUACCGUCGAAGAAGAACGAGCUCCUCAAGAAGAGAUUAAAGUUGAUGAAGUCAAACCUACGACACCAGUAGUUGAAACUCCACCUCAAAAUGAAUCUGACAUAGAAGUUGAAUCUAAACAAGAGCCAGAAAUUGAAACUCCUAUUGUUGAAGAAAAGCAACAAGAUAAGGAUGAAAAUAACGAAGUUGAAGUUGAAGAAGUAGCAACAACUGAAGCCGAGGAUAGUGAAGAAUUGCAAGAUCAAGUCGAAACGCCUAUCGAAGACGAACCAACAGUUGAGACUCCAAUCUAUGAAGAACAAACCGAACCUGCAGCGACUGCACUUGCAGAAAAUGAGGUCGAAGUUGAAGAUGUGACAGCUAACCCAGAAAAGAAGAAGGAAACUGAAGCCCAAAUUGAAAUGGAAACUAAAGCUGGCGAAGAAAAAAAACUGCUUCAGGCGAGGAAGAGACUAGUGAGCCCCAAGCUGAAUUCGUUAGUGAAACUCAGGAUAAUACUCCAAUACCAGAUGAAGUAA